AUGAUGGUCCACUGUGCCGGCUGUGAACGGCCCAUCCUGGACCGGUUCCUCCUUAACGUGCUGGACCGAGCCUGGCACGCCAAGUGCGUCCAGUGCUGUGAGUGCAACUGCGCCCUCUCCGAGAAGUGCUUCUCCAGGGACGGGAAGCUCUAUUGCAAAAUGGACUUUUUCAGGCGGUUUGGCACUAAAUGCGCGGGAUGUCUGCAGGGCAUCUCUCCAAACGACCUGGUCCGCAAAGCGCGCAACAAAGUGUUCCACCUCAACUGCUUCACCUGCAUGGUGUGUAAUAAGCAGCUGUCCACGGGAGAGGAGCUCUACGUGAUAGACGAAAACAAGUUUGUGUGCAAAGAAGAUUACUCCAGCUCCGGGGCCAUUAAGGAAGUCAACUUGAACUCAGUGUCGUCGUGUACAGAUAGGAGUUUAUCGCCGGAUCUGCAGGACCCAAUACAGGACGACAUAAAAGAGACGGACAAUUCCACGUCUUCUGAUAAGGAAACGAACAAUAUUGAGAAUGAGGAGCAGAACUCGGGGACCAAAAGGCGGGGACCCCGGACCACCAUCAAGGCCAAGCAGCUGGAAACAUUAAAGGCCGCGUUUGUCGCCACGCCGAAACCCACCCGGCACAUCCGGGAACAACUGGCCCAGGAAACCGGACUAAACAUGCGCGUCAUCCAGGUUUGGUUUCAGAACAGAAGAUCCAAAGAGCGACGAAUGAAGCAGCUGAGUGCUCUGGGGGCACGGCGGCAUGCCUUCUUUAGGGGCCCGAGGAGGAUGAGGCCCCUGGGAGGAAGGCUGGAGGAUCCCGACAUCUUAGGACCUGGGGCCUAUGGUUAUUAUGGAGAAUACCAAGGUGACUAUUAUGGACCAGGAACUAACUACGACUUCUUCCCACACGGCCCUCCAUCCUCGCAGGCUCAGUCUCCGGCCGAAUCGCCCUACAUCCUGAGCUCUGGACCCGGACCCAUGGAGGGAUCAGGCCACCACCCCUCAGACGACCAAAGGUUCACGGACAUGAUCUCCCACGCGGAAACCCCCAGUCCAGAGCCGGGCUUACCAAACUCCCUGCAGCCUAUCCCGGGGGAGGCUUACGGGGGCGGGCCCAGUCCCCCUUUCUCCUUAGCGAGUAACUCCAGCUACAGCGCUCCCAUGUCCCACCAAGGCCCGGAGAUGGGAGAGAGCACAGCCUGGUAA